GCGGCUCACGUAGCCCUCCCAAGAUGGCGGCCGCUCCGGACCGAGCUGCGGAGGCAGCGGCGAGGCUGAGGGCAGCAAACGGCCGCUGAGGAGGGCGGCAGGGAGCCGGCAGCGCCCGCCGCGCAGCGGAGCGGGGGAGUCUUUCCCGGGCUGCUGCGGGCACCAUGCAGCGGGGCUAGAGCCGGGGGAGUCCGCAGCGGGGCAAUAAUGUUAGCAGAGACCAGUCUUUCCAUAUGGGGAUGGGGAAGCCUUGGUGUUGUGCUCUUUCUAGUAACUUUUGGACCCUUUGCUAUAUUUUACUUUGCGUUUUAUAUCCUCUGCUUUGUGGGUGGGGGUUUUGUGGUUACUCUCUUAUUUGGAAAAACAAAUUCAGAAAAGUACCUUGAACAGUGUGAACACUCAUUUCUUCCUCCGACAUCUGUUGGGAUUUUUAAGUGUACAGAAGAAAUGAAAUGUGAAGCCAGGCCUAUUAAGAUUGACAGAAGAUUGACAGGUGCCAAUAUAAUUGAUGAACCUUUGCAACAAGUAAUCCAGUUUUCACUGAGGGAUUAUGUCCAGUACUGGUAUUAUACACUAAGUGAUGAUGAGUCCUUUCUUCUUGAAAUCAGGCAGGCUCUUCAAAAUGCACUUAUUCAGUUUUCUACGAGGUCAAAAGAAAUGGACUGGCAGCCUUAUUUCACCACACGACUUGUUGAUGAUUUUGCCACUCAUCUUCGAGUAUUCAGAAAAGCUCAACAAAGGAUAACAGAAAAAGAUGAUCAAAUGAAAGGUACAGCAGAAGACCUUGUAGAUACAUUCUUUAAGGUUGAAGUUGAAAUGGAGAAGGAAGUCUGUCGUGAUCUAGUCUGCACUUCUCCCAAAGAUGAAGAAGGAUUCCUAAGGGAUCUGUGUGAGGUGUUACUGUAUUUAUUGCUACCUCCUGGAGACUUCCAGAACAAGAUCAUGCGAUACUUUGUCAGGGAAAUCCUCGCCCGAGGAAUUCUUCUUCCAUUAAUAAACCAGCUCAGUGAUCCUGAUUAUAUUAAUCAGUAUGUCAUAUGGAUGAUUCGUGAUUCCAAUUGUAACUAUGAGGCCUUCAUGAAUGUUAUUAAAUUAAGUGACAAUGUAGGGGAGCUGGAAGCAGUAAGAGAUAAGGCUGGAGAAGAACUGCAAUAUCUUCGAUCCUUAGAUACAGCAGGAGAUGAUAUCAAUACUAUAAAAAAUCAAAUAAACAGCUUAUUAUAUGUUGUUAAAGUAUGUGAUUCAAGAAUACAGAGGUUGCAGUCAGGAAAAGAAAUAGAUACUGUGAAACUGGCAGCAAACUUUGGAAAACUUUGCACAGUCCCUCUGGACAACAUUCUGGUAGACAAUGUUGCACUACAAUUUUUUAUGGAUUACAUGCAGCAGACUGGAGGCCAAGCACAUCUCUUCUUCUGGAUGACAGUGGAAGGGUACAGGGUUACAGCACAGCAACAGCUGGAGGUAUUACUAAGCCGGCAGAAAGAUGGAAAGCAUCAGACUAAUCAAACCAAAGGCCUAUUAAGAGCAGCUGCAGUUGGAAUUUAUGAGCAGUACUUAUCAGAGAAGGCAUCUCCAAGAGUUAAUAUUGAUGACUCCUUGGUAGCAAAACUGGCAGAAACAUUGAACCAUGAGGAACCAACACCUGAAAUCUUCGAUGACAUUCAGAGAAAGGUGUAUGACUUGAUGCUGCGGGAUGAAAGAUUUUACCCUUCAUUCAAACAAAAUGCUCUGUAUGUGCGCAUGUUAGCUGAACUGGAUAUGCUGAAGGAUCCUAGUUUCAGAGGAUCAGAUGAUGGGGAAGGAGAAUCUUUUAAUGGGUCCCCUACAAGCAGUAUAAAUUUGUCCUUAGAUGACCUUUCAAAUGUCUCUUCUGACGAGUCAGCACAACUACAUGCAUACAUUUCAGAUACUGGAGUAUGCAAUGACCAUGGCAAGACAUAUGCACUGUAUGCGAUCACUGUACAUCGGAGAAAUCCAACUAGUGAAGAGAUAUGGAAAACGUAUCGUCGUUACAGUGACUUCCAUGACUUCCACAUGAGGAUAACUGAACAGUUUGAAAACCUAGCAAGUAUAUUGAAGCUUCCUGGCAAAAAGACAUUUAACAACAUGGACAGAGAAUUUUUAGAGAAGAGGAAAAAAGAUUUAAAUGCAUAUUUGCAGUUGUUGUUAAAUCCUGAAAUGAUGAAAGCUUCCCCAGCUUUAGCCCAUUGUGUGUAUGACUUUCUGGAGAAUAAAGCUUACAGCAAAGGAAAAGGAGAUUUUGCUCGAAAGAUGGACACAUUUGUAAAUCCACUGCGUAACUCUAUGAGAAAUGUUUCAAAUGCAGUCAAGUCCCUGCCUGACAGCCUGGCAGAGGGGAUGACUAAAAUGUCAGACAACAUGGGCAAAAUGUCAGAAAGAUUGGGACAAGACAUAAAGCAAUCAUUUUUCAAGGUGCCUCCUUUAAUGCAGAAAACUGAUUCCGAUCCUGAACAUUGCCGUGUUGCCGCACAGCUUGAUGACAAUGUGGAUGACAAUAUUCCUCUUAGAGUAAUGCUGCUCCUUAUGGAUGAAGUCUUUGAUUUAAAGGAGAGAAAUCAGUGGUUAAGAAGAAAUAUAAAAAAUCUACUUCAACAGCUUAUUAGAGCAACAUAUGGAGACACGAUCAAUAGAAAAAUAGUUGAUCAUGUUGACUCGAUGACGUCUCCUGAGCAAGUAGCAGAUGCAGUGAAACGCUUCAGAGAUGCCUUUUGGCCCAAUGGCAUUUUAGCAGAAACUGUUCCACGCAGAAACAAAGAUAUUAGAAUGCGAACGAGAGUGGCAGGGAAAACUAAACUACUGGAGAUAAUGCCAGAUGAACUGAAGCACAUCAUAGGUGCUGAGACAACACGGAAAGGCAUUCUUCGGGUCUUUGAAAUGUUUCAGCACACUCAACUAAAUAAGAGAAUGGUAUAUGUCUUUCUGGAGGGCUUCCUGGAAACCUUAUUUCCACAAUAUAAAUUCCAUGAGCUCUUCAGCAAACUGCAUUCACGGUCAGAGCAGAUGCAGAGAUACAAGCAGAGACUACAAUCUACUCAAGCGCCUUCCUUACAGAAAAGAUCUACAUACUGUAAAUUAAGUCCUUUCCCUUAUGAUUUCCAGGAAGGCAAAGACAGCACAUGUGGAAGAUUCCUUCCCCAUAGCCCCAUCUAUGUAUAUUUCACCAGGUUCUAAAGAAACAUAGUAAUUAAGUGCUGUUGGAAUUAACCAUUUUUCCUCACAUUUUUAUAUAAGGUAAUAGAUAUGGUCAUGGUUGAAAUUCCUGUUGCUUACAUGUCAGUCUAAAUCUUAUCCCUAUGUCAGUAUGUAUCAGCAUACUUGAAAUCUAAAGGACAAGAUAUCAAGCAGGCUUUGUGUUUGGUGGUCCACACAAUACAUCAACUAUUGGAAGGUAAUGUACGGAAAUACAGACUAGAAAAGAGACCUAAAAAAUAAUUGUAUAACCAUACCAAAUUCUAUUUUUGAGUUACAUUUGUAAAUCACUUAAUAAUUACAUAUAGUACUUUGAAAUCAGAAAGAUAAUAUGGUAGUCUGUGAAACUUGUGGUGCCUCUUCUCUACGGGCACCCAGGCUAGACUUCUGGAAGAACAAUGGUCAUGCUCAUAUUGUAGGAGAUUUUACAAUUACUCCUGCAUACAUCUGCAGGAACACGAAUGGUACAUUAUGUACCAGGUUUAAUAAAGUCAUUACACUUAAUGCAUUUACUGCACAU